AUGCUGCAUCCGAGUGCUUACACCCGAGGGCCUGUCUCCGAACCGAGCACACUUGAAAGGCAUAAAAGCUCUAUCCCCAACUUCACCGGUUAUCUCCUUGAUGGAGGACGGUUCAAGCUAGUCAAGCUCCUCGGCGCUGGCGCCUAUGGAGUAGUGUAUCGUGCGGUGGAUCUUCACGCCCCUUCGUCGUCCUCUGCUACCGCUCCAGUGGAGCGGGCCAUCAAAAUCCUUCGCAAGGCUGGUCCUGCGAAGUCCGAUACCACCCAGCAGAGGCGCGAGAUAUCUCUUCAUCGCCUGGUCUCGGAGCAUCCGAACGUUGUCACCGUUCACGAUGCGUUCGAAGACAGUAAAUACUUCUAUCUGGUCAUGGACUAUUACCCUGGUGGUGAUUUGUUCCGCCAUAUUUGCGAGAAGAAGGUGCUCGUGAAGAACGAUGAGAUGGUGCGGAAGGUGUUUCUGCAGAUCUUGGAUGCUGUCCAAGCCUGCCAUCGCAAUAAGGUCUUCCACCGUGACCUUAAGCCCGAAAACAUCAUGUGCAACGUAGACGGCUCUCAAGUCUACGUUGGCGAUUUCGGGCUUGCGACGAGCCGACCGCUCAGCUAUACGCAUGGCUGCGGUAGCUCAUUCUAUAUGAGCCCUGAAUGUAUCGGCGAGGAACUUGGCUUUGCAGCCUACUCAACCAAGCAAAGUGACAUUUGGUCGCUUGGUGUCAUCCUUAUUAAUAUGAUCACCGGGCGCAACCCUUGGGAAUCCGCUCGCUGCACCGACUCGUGCUUCAGUGAAUUCAUCCUCGACCCCGACUAUUUCUACCACUGCAUGCCAAUUUCACGUGGCGUCGCCGACAUCCUCAAUGGGAUAUUCGUCCUUGAUCCUUCCUCGCGUACCUCCAUUCGGCGCCUGCGCAAGGCUAUCCUGGCGGUAGACACUUUCUUCAUGAGCGCCACCGAAGAGGCCCAGCUUGCUGAGGCUGCGCGCGCCUCUUCUGACGUCCUAGAUGCCAAUACCUCUGCGCACGUCAUCCAAAGCGAAGUGCUCUUUCGUGGGAAGGACGAUGAUGGGAUGGAGAUUGAGGAGGUCGACAUCGGUACCAUGCAUCCUGAUUUCGGGGAACCUCACCCUGCACACGAUUCCCUCCCUCCGCGCCCUCAAACCCCCUUCGGACGCCCGAUGAACGACACUACCGACUCUUCUCACCCAUCCUCAGCACCCACCUUCGAAUUUGACGAGGACGAGAGUGUAGACUUAUCCUCCACGUCGACGUCCAUGUCGGGUUACGAGACGUCUGGCCCAAUCACUCCCGACGUGGUUAAGUGUGAACCGACGAUUGAUAUCCCAGAUUUUCGGGGGUUGGGAGAGCCGUUGUGUCCUCUUGCGACCGGAAAGGAGAGGUCCGCGUCGCCGACUACUCGUCUUCUUCAGCGGCUUGAACUUAUUGCGGUUUCUAUCGUCUGA